UAAAGAAUCUAACACAAAGUGGGAGUCGUCAAUUACUCUUUUGCUGAUGACAGUGUGUUUUGGGGAGAUUUAGAAGAGAAUUUGUAGAGAAUCCUGACAAAAAUGAGACUGGCUGUUAAGACAUGAAGCUUACUAAGUGCUGCCAGCCAGCCAGUUUCACACUGAGGCACAGGAAGAGGUGCUCUCACUGAAACACCAAAAUUACAUUGGCCUAGAUAUAAAAUGUACUGCCUAGUGACAUUUUAUUUCAAAAUAACAAGAGCAUGAAUGAUAAUUGAUUAAUGAUCAAGAGAACUGAACCAACCAUAAUGUGAGGUUUCUUAAGAGUAAAAUAAAAAAAAGUGUGUGCCACCUGAGGGUUUUAGUUUGCUGAUUAGCAUCUUUUAUCUGCAAACUACCUAACAAGAAAUGAUGUCUGGAACUCUGAAAAGGAUACCUAGAAUCCUUCUGGUGAUGGCAUUCAUAUGUUGUACACGCAGCUUUGCAGACUAUGAGUAUCCUUGGGUGACUGCCCAGGGGUCACGAGGAUCAGACAACCUUCAGGCCACCAAGUAUAACUUCACUGCUGUUCUAGCUGACUUGACAAAGCCAAAGAAAGUCAUGGCUGGCCCUCGACUGGUGUCUCGCCAAUAUUCUCGUCUUGUUGUAUCCACGGGCUCAUCUGUCAACCUCAAUUGUACUGUAGAAGAAGCUGGUAAUGUCUCAGUAACGUGGACUCGUGGCAAUGUGGUGUUGGCUGUAAACAAGUUCAGAUAUACCAGUGAUGAGAGGUUCAGUCCCUUGCAUGAGACUGGCUUUAGUGACCACAGUCUCCACUUUACUCAUGUACAGCCAGAAGACUCUGGCUUCUUUCAGUGCCAUGUUGGAACUGUUCCUGAACAGGUGGCUGAGGUCAAGCUCAUCGUUGUAGAUGCAUACUCCGUUAUCUUUGGGUCCUCUGAUGUGUCUGUGGCUGCAGGAGGGACACUGUACUUGCUAUGUAUGGUUCUCCAAGUCAGUGAUAUACCAGAUUAUAUCUUGUGGUACCAUAACAGUCAAGUUAUUGACUACUCUAGAAGUAGUAUUUCAGUGAAGAUAGAAGAAGAGACGAGAUCAAGUGAGCUACAAGUUCGAAACAUUAAUUAUACAGAUGCUGGGAAUUACACCUGUGUUCCAUCUAAUGCUACACCAGCCUUUGUUUCCAUUGCAGUAUUCAAGGAUAUCAACAAGAAAUUUGGACCACCUCAGAAGUGUGAUGACUGUGUAUUAUUCAUUCAACUUGGAGCAACAUUUGCAUUUUUCACAUUAAGCUUUGUCGUUGCCUUCUGUGUACACAGCCGUAAUCACAAACCUCGUCGCUGGAUAGAGCAUCACCUGUCAGAUCUGUAUCUUCCUUCUGGUGUUGACAAAUCUCUGUGAAACCUAUUCAUUGGCAAGUAAUUGAUAAAUUUACUAUGUACAACUAUUCUUAUUUUGUUAUAUGUAACUAUGGGGAUGUGAUUAUUAUUCAAAACAAAGCACUAAACCCACCAAGGUUAUACAGUGCUGUAUGGGGGAUGUGACAUUAGCCUUCAUUAUUAUUUCAUACAGGAUGAGUGCAGUACUGUAUUAUUACUAUAAAGUUCCUUUUGCUUACUGAUGCUUUCAUUACUCUAAAAUUCACGGACUUGUCAGCCACAUUAACUCCAUCAGAUCCAGUCAUGGUUAGAGAAUUAUUAAUCACCAAUUAUACAACUUAAGUAGGCGCCUUAUAAGAGUAAUUCUUGCACUUUACUCUUGUAUAAAUCCUAGCCACACAUGUGCUAGCUAAUUAUCAUCCACCACACGAUCGAUUAAACUUGUGUACCCUAUACCCACUUCCUUCAAUCAGUCACUUAAUUAUUAAGUAAUUAAUUCAAUUUUUUCACUGAUUGCAUCCGGUUCAGGAAGGACCAGCGGGCAGAUAUGGAAAAUUUUCUAGGGUGAUUACUUGUACAUACCUCAACAUUACAUGCAUACGAGUAAUCUCCUUGGGAGACAACAACUAUAUUGUUUACCGUAGUCACCCGUGUAGAUAUGUGAGAAAACUUAACCACCUCUGGUCACUGCAGGUGGCCCCUCGACCCUCACUAUCUUAUCCAUAUCUAUCCGAGACCAGUAUAAAUUGGGUAGCACCCUCAAGUACGGCGCUACUAAUUAAUUGUGGACUGUAUAGAUUAUAUUAGUUUAACUGAAUGAAGGGGGGGGGGUAGGUUACACAUGGAUAUAUCCAUCAAGGAAAACACUUGUACAUAAUCUCACCACUUACCAGAUAUUCUCUGGUGGUCACUUGAUGUAGCUGGAUCACUCAUAACCUAUCCAAUUACAACAUACCUAACUGGCCAGUAUCAGUCUGCUAUAACUAGAAGGGUUACUUAACUGUGGGUGAUUGAUACUCCUUAUUUCCUCCAUUCACCAUCUCAUUUACAGCAGUGCCGUCAAUCACGUUCCCUCACUCUCCACCAGGGACAGUCACGACACUUCCUAUUAUGAAAUGAGGCCUAUAUUAAUCCUUAGGCUGCCGUGAAUGCCAAUUUCCUGGUUCCAUGAUUUCCCAGCCUCCUCACUACAUUCAAAACACUCCCGCCUCUUCCAUGCCCCGAGUCGACCUCUACCCCCACACAUCCGCGCAUGUGCAAAGGGAACUCUUGGUUCUGUCCUAUUGUCAAAUACAUUUUUGACUCAUAUUGACACAUUAAACACCUAUUAGGCGCUAUAGCUUCGGAAAAUUAAAAAAAAUUCCACAAUAGUGUUACCAUCCACAAGUGUGUUUAUCUUUAGCCAUCAUAUCUCCUUUCGAACCCCCACGACGAAUUGGUGACAGCGGUGUGGGCGUAAAAUUGAUAAUUGCGCUGAUGCACGGAGAUAAAUUCCCUCAGUGGAUGACAGUGUGUGGCCAGUAGGCUGACCUACCUCAAGCCAGCUACCUCAAGCAUCUACCAGCCUUUACACUAUUCACUGGUCAGUCUCUGUGUAUUAGUGUUUAUCUGCUUAUUUGCAUCACUCCCGAGGGGUUCACCCAAGUUUGCAAAGUAAGCCAAGCUACUUAAGCCAGUCUGUGGUGGGGGAGUCAGUCAGAACAAGCCCAGUCAGCCCAAGCCUUACACCAUCCAGCCUUGCCUGCCAAGCCAGCUUUCCACCCCUGCUGUGGUCAUCGUUAGAAGUUAUCAAGGCAUUCUGUGUGAAGGGUUAAGCCAAGCCAGCCAGCAACUAACCCAGUGCUCUAGCAAGCCACGUGGGUACAGUCUUUUUCAUUGCUUUGUGCUUCAAGUUCUAGCCAUUCUGAGUGCUUUAUCAUCCCUGUGGUGUUGUGAUAUUUUGUGGGUUUGUUUUUAAGCCAGCCCGGCUUAGAAUAUCUUUGUGCCUAGUGCGAGUGUUCCCCAGUGUGGCUUACGCCGUUCAUCCCAUAGGCCCAGUCACCACGCGGUGUCUCACCACCGCCCUGCCUCAACCCCCCACCUCACUCACUACCACUGUUUUGUACCCUUAUCACGGGUUCUAGCACCAUAUUUUUAAGGACCACAUAGGGGGUCAAGAGUCAAAGUGUUUCUUCGUCAGUAUUAUUAUUAUAAUCAAAAAGAAUUCUUCGUCAGUAGCGCCAUCGUAAAAAGCCUGUGUGGGUCCAGCGUCGAUUUAAGCGCAAAUUCCUCAAUCACGUGUGGAGUAGCAACGAACGCAGUCAGCCAUGAGACGACAUAACCAUCCUCCACCAUCUACCUCAUUCUUCACCAACGUCGCUAGUGAUAAUAUUUUUCAUAGAGACAUUUGCGAGUGUUGAGACAUUUCUGUGUUUCCAGUGAUUUCUUAGUGACAUUCAGUAACUCUUCGUUAGACUCAGUGUUUAUUAUAUACUGUUUGCAAUAUUUUUUUUCUCUUCUUAAUUCAGUGUUAAUUUUUGUGCAUUAUUUUAUGUGUUGUGUUGCUUCUUUUUAUAUACUUGAAGUAAGUACGUUAGUGUUUUUCCUUGUUGUGUGCAAUAUAUAAGCAGUAUAAACUUGUGUUUACAUUUCACAAUUACCUUGUGUUCACAGUAUUGCAGUGAAGUAAUUCAGUAAUUUAUUACCUUAUAUUCUGCAUCACAACUCAAGUGUUGUCCGUUAUAUUUUUCUCCCAGCAUUUGUGUAUUCUUGCUGUUUUGUUUGCAUUCAUUUGCCAUUUUAUUUUAUUUUUGUGUGUGUGUUGAACAUUCUUGUGUUAAUUCUUUUCAUUUAACCUGUCUAAUUUGUCUUAUUUCCACAGACAAUAGUGCCAUUAUUUUGUUCAAGCCAGACAAUUAUUUUUCAAAUUUUUCAUACCUCAAGUUUCAUUGCAAGAAAAUUCUAGUAUUGUGUUUAUAUUGAUGUGUUGUGUUCUGCAUCACUAAGUGUUCAAACCUUUUGUUCUGUGUUUUGCAUCUAUUAUUUUUUGUUUCAUUGAACAAAUUCACUCUUAGUGCAAUUUUUAAGUUCUUCUUUUAAAGUAAAUCAUUCUUUUGCUUGUUCAGUAAGUGUUGCUUAAGCUGCAAUUAAGUGUUAGUGUUCACUCAGUUCAUUCCUUGGUAAUAUUUUUUUUCUUGUAAACUGUAUUUUCUUGUGUGUGUAAUUUUUUUUUAUUAUUGCACAUUGAUUCAUUUUACAAUAAUUCUUGUGUAAACAUUGUGUUGCCAUUAAAAUUUUUCUUUCAGAAAUUUUUAUGUAGUAUUGUGCAGUACUUUUGAUUAGCAAUUGUUAUUUGCAAUAUUGUUACAGUUUAUUUCAGUGCAGUUUCAUAUGCUCUUUUCUGUGCAUAAUAUUUUAUUCUUUGUGUGCCAUUUUAUUUUUAGUGAAUUGUUUUCCCAGUUUUUAAUUUUGCACAAGAUUUAUUGAGUCCAUUUUAACAUUUUUGAUUGAUUUAUCAAUUAUUGUUGAAUUUCCUUAUUGCAUUGAGAGUAAAGACAACUCACUGUGCCAUUAAUUCAAUUUAAAGUAAAUUUGAGUAAAUUAGAUUUGAGUAAAGUACCAUUUCUCUUGAUUUUCAAAGUGUUGCUUAUUCAGUUGAGUACUUUCUUUUGUGAGUGUGAGUUCUCCUUGCUUACAGUGUGACUUACUUUUUUUUAAGUAAAUAAUUUCUUCCCAUUUAAGCUUAUUGUGUCAUUCUCUCUAUUUUUCUUGCCUUUAUGUCCUUGAGUAAGUUCCCUGAGAAGAUGCCCAGUCACCUAUGAAUGUUCACUUAGUGUAUCAUGCCAGUCAAAGUCAAUAUGAAUCAGUCCACAGUACCAGUAUUCCCUUACUGACAAAGACAAUACCUAGCCCUUGAGCAAUGUGUUUGUUCUCACAACUUGUAUCCGAGAUUUGUUAAAGUGCUGCGAAAUGUGAAGUUCAGAUAAAGUUCCUAUAGAUUCGUUCAUUACUUAUUAACGUAGCCGAGCGGCCAGGCACUAGUAAUACUGUCACUCCUGUCUGGACUCCAGCCAUAAUAUCAUGCACACAGGAUAAUGUACAGUUACCUUGGGUUUCAGAGGAACCUCAGACAACCCUGGGUGCUGAGAUUACUAUCCUUGUGAUGGCGACUUGUUCAAGUAUUCGUUCCUUCCCAGGGGACGCUUUGAGAAGAACUUUACUUGCAACGAGUUAUGCCAUCUCUUGCUGAUGCCACAAGCCGUUGCAGAAAGACGUUUCUGUGGCUAGUGUACUCACUUGAGUGUUGUUGUUGUCCCUUGUGUUCCAGAUGGUGAUGCCAUCCUCGUUGACAGUAAUUCGUGCAAUGUAAAAAGUUGUUUCUCGAGUAACUUUCACACGUUGUCAACGAUUGUAAGUGAAGUUUCUUUCUAGUUGAUACCUCGUGUCACUGUGUGCGACUCAGAGUGAAUAUCAAUAUUGUUGACCGUGUUCAUUUCUUUUCCCCUGUGCUUGCAGUGAGAGAUAGUAGAUUCGUUCUCCCUUGCUCAUAUUGCGUGUUAUAGCGUUAUUUUUUUCAACCGGGAAGAGUCAUCCACUCCACCGAGUUUGUUCAUUCCUCCAGUAAGAAAGAACCGAUCCCUUGUGUUCUGGUGUGAUUCGAUUCCUGCUCCAGGAAGAUCUUAUUCUGACUGUGAAGCCACCAGCACCCAUUAGUGACUUUGUAAUGAGCCAAGAAUUACUGUAUCGAACAGUCGAGUUGAGUACUAGCAGAAGAGUUAGUAAUUCCACAGUCACUAGUGAAUGUAGCUGUAUCUUUUGUAGAUACUCGUUCAGACUGUCCUCAGUCAAGGCAUGUGUUAGCCAUAGCAGAAGAAUUCGAUCCGCCCAAAGACGAUAACCAUUCUGCGUACGUAAACCUUACCCUCGCAGAAUUGGGUUUAAAUGUAAACAGCCUGUAUAAUUAGAUGUCCGAGAUGAAUGAAAUUAUCAACUGUGUGUUUUAUUAGCUGAUCAGUUUGUCAGAAAUUUUUGUGUUCACGUUCCCUCCGAAUUCUGAGAAUUUAGCAAUACUGAUCUGCGUGCACCAGAUUUUGCUGUUAAUUAUUUGCACUUUGUAAAUAUAUAUUUAUUCUUCCUCAGAAUCCGUAGAGUGCAUGAAUACAGAUCGAUCGAUCAAUUCCAUCCUAUAUUUUACCAUGACUUGUUCUUAUAAUUUGUAAUGCAUUACGUUAAAACUCAUUACAUUAACACCCAUUAUGUUAAAACUCACGAUGUUAACAUCCAUUAUGAUACCAUCCAUUAGUUCUAAGUUACAUAUGUCUUUGUUAUUGUAUAGAAUCAGCCCAGAACCACCUGCCUGUUCAGCCUAUGGCAUAGUAAUGUCGAGACGACAUACAUAACAUGACCGAGCUGUCAGCAUAGUUGCUGAUCCCCUUACAUGUGUUGUAUAGCCUAGCUGAGUAUCAUAGUACCAUCCAUGUGUUUAUAUAGAAGAUCCCUAGGCCUAGUGACUGUAUGACGUCACGGGAUGCAGCAUGGUUAGUGGGACGUGCUACCUCGCCCUCACUCCACGCUUAGACAUACAACAGGCAAGCAGGCAGGCCGGACCCCUUCCCUUACCACAAUCUGACAAUAUAGUGUUACCAUCCACAAGUGUGUUUAUCUUCAGCCAUCACAUCUCCUUUCGAACCCCCACGGCAUGUUUAUUACUAUUGUUCUAUAAUAUACAUACACAUAGUCACUGGACACUUUCAUAUAACUGCUAUUAUCUUCAAUCUUGUGUUGUGUGUGAGUGCGUGUCUCUCUCCAGCAGCUGUCAAAAUGACAUAUUGUAUCAAAACAAUGGGGUCGGAUGCUUGCUUCCCCUCCAUCCUCCUAAUUAUCUUUCUCCUUCAUUCUCUCUCUCAUUCUUCGUUCUCCUUCAUUUUUCUGGUAUCCUGGGCAAUGCUUUUGGUCACAAACUCCUCAAAACCAUAAAACUAUCUUCACCGACACUUUCAUGUGUUAGAGCAUCACUUGGGAAGAGAAGAGUCCCAGAUUUGCUGGGGAGUCAGAUAUUUCUUACCGCUAGGCAUGAUGAAUAAGGACUACUGAAAUGGCAAAAGAGUGAUGGAGUGAAUGAUUAUGAAAGUUUUUUCUUUUUCGGGCCACCCUGCCCUGGUGGGAAUCGGACAAUGUGUUAAUAAAAAUAAAAAGGUGGCGGCAGCGGCAGCAGCAGCAGUAGUAGUAGUUCAAAUACGUAGUGCUCCAAAAGUAGAUCUAUGUUUUUUACACAUUUUCAAAUGUAAAACAAAAAAAAUGACGAUGUACAUUUUUUUUACAUACUUGUACUAUAUGUACAAAACUAAAGCAGGAGGAAUCUAUAAAGGCUAUAGUGCCAGCAAAGGGCAUUACAGUAAUUUCUAAGCAGUGGACCUCUGUCAAUGAAAAGAUGGGAAAGCUGCUGUUGACAUGGUUGAUGGAGAAAUAGCUCACAGGAGAUACGUAGUGUAGUGAGAUAACAUAAAAAUUGUACAUAGCAGUUCUUAAGAAAAGUGUGAACUCCUGACAGGAUAUGCUGCUCUAUUUUUUCUCUAAGGUAUGUAAAUGUCGUAUGUACACCAGAUUAAUUCAGUUAGCCUCACAAACUCCGUUUUCUCUUAAAACACCUCUUGACGUUUUCAUAGCGAGAAUGUGUGACCACUCCCGACCAUAAUCCUCCUCUCUCUGCCGUCCGUGUAAUGGCAUAUUUUAUUCAUUCUAGAGUGUAUAUCAGGUUUCUAUGUUAUUUAUAUUCUUAUGUCAUAUUAGAUGAAUUGUGACAGAUAAAUAAGCCACAGAGUUGUCAUGCCUCCUGAGAGCAGGAAUUCAGCUGGAACAAAUUAUUUGCAUUUCAAUUAAUUUAAAUGAGGAAAAUUGACCCAGCAUACGAACAAAUCAGGAUACGAACAAGUCCAUGGAACGGAUUAAAUUCGUAACCCAAGGUUCCACUGUAUAGCGUUUAUUAUAUAAUUUUGAAAAAAUAUCAUAGAUAGAUUAAUGAAAAUGUGUAUAUUAACGUAAUACAUGACAGCUAAUGAGACUGUAAUUAUCAUUACUAAUAUGGCGUCUCGAGACAUAAGACACUCUUACUGAUUUUAAUGUGUACCUGCAUGCCAGCACAGUGUGUAAGUUUAUUUAGGUACAGGUAUACGUAAGUAUAAUUAUCAGAGUACUGUAUAUAUAUAAAAUAUGAAAUAACUUUUGUCCUCCUUACCCUCUCUGCCAAUCCCUAGGCACCUUCCCCUCUUUCAUACAUUUAGUAAACAAAUAUACCAACCACCCCAACACUAUAUCCCUUCCCCCCGACUUUUAACAUUUCUGUCAUGAUCCCAUCAGUUCCGGCUGCUUUACCCCCUUUCAUUCUACGCAAUGCCUCACACAACUCACCAACACUCACAUCCUGCUCUUCUUCACUCCUAAAAAUGUUAUACCUUACUGGCCAGUGCAUGAAAUUACCGCCUCCCUUUCUUCGACACUUAAAAGUUCCUCAAAGUAUUCCUACCAUUUACCCAAUACAUCCAGCUCCCCAUCUACUAACUCCCCUACUCUGUGUGCCAGUCAAUGUUUGUCACUGCCGCUGUGAAGUUAUUAAUGGCUGCCUCAUUGUGAAGUCUGAAAGUGACUUUAGUAGUGUCUUGGGGUAAUUUGCCAAGAUUUGUGAUGAGAAAGGUAGGGUAGUGAUCUGUGGUAUUAUCUGUGAUUAUGCCUGAUUUUAAAGGGGAUAUGGUGUUGGUCCAGAUGUGGUCUAGUAGGGAAACACUAGUCUCUGUAACUCUUGUAGGUUUUGUUACUGUUGGUAGCAACAUGCAGUUACUCAUAGUGUUUGUGAAUUCAGUAAUGUGUGGGUCCUGGUCUUGCAGGAGAUUUAUAUUGAAGUCACCUGAGAGUAGUAAGUGAUCUUUGUUCAUGCGUGCAUCAGUUAUCAUACUUCCUAGGUUUUCACUAAAAUGGCUAAUGUUUGACUGUGGUACUCUGUAGAUGUUUAUCACUGUGAGAGGUUUUUGUAGGUAUUUGGAUUUGAAUUUAGCUAUUAUAUAUUCCCCAUAUUCAUCCCUUGUGCAAGUAUUAGUGAUACAUUCUAGUUGGUCUGAGUAGUAUAUAGCUGUGCCACCCCCUUGUUGAUCUGGCCUACAGUUGUGUAUGGCUGUGUAACCAAGAAUGGCACAGACAUCUGUAGUACCAGGCUUUAGCCAGGUUUCGGUGAGAGUAAUGAUGGAUAUACCGGCAUGCAGGGAAUUUAGUAAUGCUAUGAGGUCAUCGUAAUGUUUAAUCUGAUAUUGUAGGUAAAGACAGUUAUGUUGUUGUUGGCUCUGAGAAGUGCCUUUUAUUGUUCUGCUGUGUAGUAAUUACAGUUACUGUUUGAUUCAUUUAAGUCAUUCAAUAAGAGGUUGGUAUCAGGAUCAAUGCUUGUUAUAAUAAGAUUUAUAGUGAAUCUAUAGUUAGAAUUAAGUGUAAGACAAAGUAAUUAUUCUAAAGCUAUAAAAUAGCACCCGAGUUAUUUUAACAAAUGUAAAAAGUUGGGCUAAGGUAGUUCUUUAAAGCUAAAAUAAAGGUGACAAUAUAAAAGAGACUAAAAAAAAAAUUUGUGAACAAAUAAAGUGGUAAUCAAAUAAAUGAGCUAAGGAAUAUUAUGGUAAAAUAGUGAACUUAUUACACUUUAGCACCUGAGAAUAGCAUCUUGAUUACUUUUUAACAAUUGUGAAUAUAUGAACUAAGGUUGUUAUGUAAAGCUAUAUUAAAGCUAAAAUAAAGGAGAAAAUAUAUAGGGACUAAAUUAAAUAAUGGUAAACAAAGUUAAAUUGGCAGAUAGUAACUAAGAUAUUGCCCUUAGACAGGACAUCUCCACUGCCUCCAACCGCCUCCUUGCUGCUGCAUUCACAACCCAAGCUUCACACCCACAUAAGAGUGUUGGUACCACUAUACUUUCAUACAUUCCCUUCUUUGCCUCCAUAGACAACGUUUUUUGUCUCCACAUAUACCUCAACGCACCACUCACCUUUUUUCCUUCAUCAAUUCUAUGAUUAACCUCAUCCUUCAUAAAUGCAUCCGCCAACACGUCAACUCCCAAGUAUCUGAAAACGUUCACUUCUUCCAUACUUCUCCUCCCAAAUUUGAUAUCCAAUUUUUCUUUAUCUAAAUCAUUUGAUACCCUCAUCACCUUACUCUUUUCUAUGUUCACUUUCAACUUUCUACCUUUACACACACUCCCAAACUCAUCCACCAACCUUUGCAAUUUUUCUUUAGAAUCUCCCAUAAGCACAGUAUCAUCAGCAAUAAGCAACUGUGUCAAUUCCCAUUUUGUAUUUGAUUCCCCAUAAUUUAAUCCCACCCCUCUCCCGAACACCCUAACAUUUACAUCUUUUACAACCUCAUCUAUAAAUAUAUUAAACAACCAUGGUAACAUUACACAUCCCUGUCUAAGACCUACCUUUACCGGGAAGUAGUCUCCCUCUCUUCUACACACCCUAACCUGAGCCUAUCCUCACUAUCCUCCUAUAUUCACAAAAAAAAAUGUGCUGCACCAUUUAAUGGCUUACAAGCCUGGCCCUAGUAGUAUAGGGUAUGAUAUACAGUACCAACCUGCAACCCAUAGAUUAAUACUACUCAGGUACAAUAUAGUACCUAUUUACUGGUAAGUAAAGAAAGGAAGUUGUGUUAAGGAGACUUCCUAUAUACUUAGCCUUGUUUUCCUCAUUUUAUUUGUCUUUGAACAAUUCACAGCUGCAAUUUUGAAUAUAUUUAUGAAAUUACCUGACAUUUUUAUAAACUUCAUUGCUCUAACAUUUUUAAGUACUAAAAUAAUAUUUUACAAUACUGUUCCUCAAGAAAUAUUUUCAAAGAAAAA